AUGAAAAAGUCUGUUUUCUCAGGACUCAAAAAUUUUUUCGACGGCCUUAUAAAUAAAGAAAGCCAAGCAAGCAGCCCAAGUGUUGACGAAGACGACACAAAGCACUCAACGACUGUUACUAACCCAGACUCCAUCUAUUAUGUCACUCGAGAAUCAGUUUGCGACUCUUUUUUUGGUUCAGUUAGCGAAGGCUCAGAUUCAAUGCUUGCACAAAAAAUUCCAGUGUCAACGAGUACACCGGCUACCCAUAUACCGUUUUUCCAUAUACAAAAAUCAAACCGUGCUUUAUGGGAAGCUGCUUUGCAGAAUAAUUACGAACUCUGCAAAGAUCUACUAGAUCAUGAAAUUUAUGGCGAGUCAGCUGCGGAUUCAAAUUCCAAGGAUCAGCAAGGCAUAACGGCUUUGCAUAUUGCUGCUCAUGAAGGCUUUAUUAAUGUAUGUGAGGUGCUUUUAGAUUAUGGCAGUAAUACAGAUCUUAACGUCUUGAAUGUUAUAAAGCGAACACCCUUGCACCUUGCUUGUAUAAGUGGGCACACAGAAGUAGCGCAAUUACUUGUACGGUCUGGAGCUGAUAUAAAUUUAGUUGAUAUCGAUGGAAACACCGCUUUACACUUGGCAACUGAAAAAGGACACAGGCAGUUGGUAUUAUGGCUUUUAACCCGUGGGCCAAAUAUUUUUAUAAAAAACAAUGCAGGAAGGACACCUCCAGAUCUUGCGAAAUCCAUUGAAAUUUUGGAUAUUUUCAAGGAUUAUUGCAGGAGACUCAACUUGCCUUUACCAAUAUUAGGAAUGAUGCCAAUGUCUUCUCAUGAAAGAUAUAGAUCAGAGCCUCGAAGGGUAACUAUCAGCGAUUUGACAGCAAUUGAAGAAAAUAAAGAAAGCGGCAGAGUAACACCUAAUGAUUUUGAAGUCAUCCAAGAGCUCGGAAAAGGCAGUUUCGGAGAAGUAUAUUUAGUAAGAAAACAAGACAAUAAAAAUUACUAUGCAAUGAAAGUGCUCAGAAAAGACAAAGUUAUGGGGCAAAACCUCAUAAAAUACGCCAUGACUGAGAGAAAUGUGCUGAGCUAUGUCCGACAUCCAUUUAUAGUGUCCUUAAAUUAUGCAUUCCAAACCCCUGAAAAAUUAUUUUUAAUACUUGAUUAUUGUUCUCGAGGAGAUUUGGGCACUUAUCUAAUUCCCACCCUCCGUAAGUGAACAAGACGUUGGAAAAAUCACUAUUUUUGGGUAAAAACCUAUCCUCCGUGAGUGAACACAAUUUUUUUAAUAUAUAAAAUUUUUUAAGAAAAAUUAUUUUGAUAUAUAAUUAAUGUAUUAUAAAUGAAAUCUCUAACUAAUUCUGUUUAAUUUUAAAUAGUUUGCAUUAAAAAUAAAUUUUACAAAUUAAAUUUGCCUUAAAAUUGUUUCGAAUAUAUUUUUUUUAAAUUUCAAAUAUAAAAAAUUACUAUAAAAUUUGUAUAUAAAAUUUUUUUGUUCGCUCAUGAAGGGGAGGGUAAAUAAAGAAAAACGAUUCUCAGAGCCACUAGCAAAAAUAUAUGUAUGCGAAGUAUUACUAGCAUUAGAAGAACUGCAUAAGCGUGAUAUUAUUUUUAGAGACUUAAAGCCUGAUAAUAUUGUAUUAGAUGAAGAAGGCCAUUCUAUGCUUACAGAUUUCGGGCUUUCUAAAGAAGGGAUUUAUGAUAAUGUGACUGCUAGAAGCUUCUGCGGGUCUGUAGCUUAUCUAGCCCCUGAAAUGAUAAAAAGACAAGGACAUGGGAAAGCUGUUGACUGAUAUCUAUUAGGAGUUUUACUAUAUGAAAUGCUUGUAGGGACUCCGCCUUAUUUUUCGCCAAAUCGUGAAGAAUUGUUUAGGAAUAUACUAAAAGCCCAUAAAUAUUUUUUUAUUUUUUUAAUAAUUAUUAUAAUUAAUUAUUUAAGCUUUAGGGUAUAUACAAAGAGGCUUAUUGAAAAUUCCGACACAUUUAUCACAAGAAACCAAAGAGUUAUUAAAAGAUGUAAAUAAUAUUUAGCUUUUGCAAAGAGAGCCUGCUAAAAGACUGGGGACAAGAAAAGAUGCAGAAGAAGUAAAAGAGCAUCCAUAUUUUAAUGGGGUCAAUUGGGAUUCAGUGCUAAGAAGAGAGCUAAGACCUUCACUGCCUAAGAAAACUCCGAUUGAUGACGUUGUGAUUCCUAAUGAAAAAAUAUAUGGAGAUAUGAGCCAGUUUGGAGAUAGAUCCAAUCAAGUGACUGGCUGGACUUUUAUUUCUAAUUAA